CCAUUUUGUAGACAUUCAAGUAAACGAUUAUAAGCUACCGAAUACGGGACUGAGUUUUUGGGAAUACGUCAUCAAACUGUCAAAAACAAUUAAUUGUCAAAUUACUUCCUGAAAUGUCAUUGUCAAAUACCCAAAAUGGCUACAGAGGUGCAAUGCGGUGAUUCCGCGGAAACGAUAAAACAAGAAUCAUGAUUGAAAUACACCAGAUAAAUCAUCUAAAAUGAUGUGAUUGCGUGAUUUAAGUGCUCUUUUAAAAUAAAUUACCUGUCUCUCCUUGUGAAUUUUAAGUGAUAAUUUUGUUUAGUAGGUAUGUUGCGCAGAGUUAAUUUUUAUUCAAUAUGCAUAGCGUUCGGCCUAAGUGUUCUUUUAAUUUUGGCUGGAAGUCGAUAUACAGAUAAUAAUGUUUACCGUCCAGCGACAGAGAGUCGUAGAAACAUUAAGAAUUAUUAUAGGAGCGAGGACUCAGAUGAAAUUUACGUUCAGCCAAUACCUACGAAUGCAUUCGACGGUUCGCCUGAUGUUGAGAAGAUAUUGGAGAAAACUCGCGCAAAAAUCAAACACGAAUUGUAUAACUACAACUUCAACCAGUCCAACGUCCAUAACCUAGAAGAUUUGCUGCUGGAAUCUGGAGGCAAGCCAGUGCGGAGUAUAAUAACAUCUACAUGGAGGUCUGGUACCACUUUCCUUGGAGAAAUAUUGAAUGCGCAGCCCGGAAACUACUAUCAUUAUGAACCACUUCUGAACUAUGGCAUUAUCCAAAUCAGAGGGACCCCAGAGUCCGAUAAAGCCCUGAAAACUCUAAAGAAGAUGUUGCAUUGUAAAUAUGAAGGUAUGGAGGAUUAUUUUGAGUACGGAAAGACUCAUUUGCACCAGUUUAGCCAUAACACUAGACUAUGGGACCACUGUAAAUAUAAGAAAGAACUUUGUUUUGAUGCGGACUUCACAUCAAGAUUUUGUAAGCUGUUCCCCUUUCAAAGUAUGAAGGUGGUGCGAGUUAGGUUACGCCUUAUGAAACAAUUAUUAGAAGAUAAAGAGUUAAAUGUGAAAGUGAUACUAUUGAUCCGAGACCCUCGUGGUGUGAUGCAGUCGCGGCAGCAUCGAAACUUCUGCCAGCCAUCCUCGGACUGUUGGAAACCAGAAUUGCUCUGUGCUGACAUGAUAAGUGAUUAUGUUGCGGCUGGUCGGCUUCUACAGAAGUAUCCAAAAAGACUUAUGGCCUUACGUUAUGAGGAGCUAGCCCUAAGCCCCAACAGCACGACUCACAAGUUGAUGAAAUUCCUAGGGCUCUCUGUGAGUCCUUCCAUCAAUGAGUUUCUGGUUCUGCACACAAAUGUGGAGGUGGCAGGAGUCAGCUCCACGUUCCGAGUGUCCAAAGAAGUGCCUUUUCGAUGGAAGAAUAUACUGGACUUCAGUUAUGUUGAUGAAAUACAGCAAAAAUGCAAGGAGGCUAUGGAGCUAUGGGGCUACCGUAUAGCGGACAACGCGACGCACAUGGCCAGCAAGGAUUUCGACCCACUCGACGAGUACAGCAUCACACCGUGAGGCAAUUGUGAUGUCAUUUCUGCUUUCUCACUUCGUGCGGGCAGCCUAGCUCACUGAGAUGACGCUGCGUAAUUCUAACAGCGAUUAUAUCAUUGAAAUCAUGAUAAUUAAGAAAUACAGGUAUUAUUUUAAAAUAGUUGAUAUUCGCAAACCUUUGAACGUACGCAAUAAUAAUAUUAUGUAUCGCAU